CGAGGGCGGCGAGCGUCUCCCGGCAUGGCUGAGUCGGGGUCGCCGAGCGGGAGGGGCCAGGACCCAGCGGCUUCCUCUGCGCAGAAUGGGCCCAACGAGUCACCCACGCCGGGCACCAUCUCCUGGACGGCCCCCCUGGCCUGGCUGGAGCAGCUCCUGCCCGCUUCACCCCUGCUCACCGACCUCCGCCGCACCCUCUCAACCGGGGCCCCCCAGCAGGAGGGCUGGAGCUCCCCCGGGGACACUGCCAGCCCCCUUCCCCCGGGGUCUCAUGGAGGCCUGGGUCCAGCAUUGGAGCACCGGACCAGCACGCCUCUUUCGAGGGCGUCUCCAGGAGCCUGGGAAACCUCCACCAGCUGCCAGGACCUGGGGCCAAAGCCCCCCUUGGAGCAGGCUGGGCCCCUCGCCUCGCCCUGCUUGGCUGCCCCGGAGGCUGAUGCUGCGGCCUCGCCGGAGGGCCAGGAAUUGCCUACUGUGUGCCAGGACCUGGGCACUGCCCGCAUCCCCCCAGCGUGCUGCGAGUGCCACGGCCUUUGGGGGUCUCCCCUGAGCGUCCUGGGCGAGGGGCUUGUCUCUCCGGCAGGGAAGGAGCCCUCCUGGCAAGGGAUGGGCAGCAACCCUCCCUGCCUCACCUGUGCCCAGGGCACCAGUGUCACCCCCGUCUCCGUGGCGUCUGCGGCGGCCUGGACGUCCCAGCUGAGCCUCCGAGAGGCUGGAGUGAACACCUCCCCUGCGGAGAAGGCCACCACCAACGAGAACACAGCCCAGACGGACUCCCUUCUCUGGCACUGCUCCCGGGACCAGCUGAGCCUCCUCUCCCGGGCGGAGCUGGAGGGGCGCCUGGAGAGCACCCUCAUCAUCAUGGAAGCCCUCUCGUACCAGAUCCGGGCCGCCCACGAGCUCCGGCCGUCGGCAGCCCCCGUGGGGCCAGCAGAGCAGAGGGAGGCGGCCACCCAGACCCCCAGCGCCAUGUCCAGCGAGGCGGAGGAGCGACUCUACCGCGGACUCUACGUGGCGGGGCGGCUGCGCUUCCGGUCCCUGAAGGGCUGCCAGGAGAAGCUGCAGGGCCUCGGCCGGUGGCUGGAGGGCGCCAACGAGGAGAUGAGAGCCUGGUCAUCUGACUCCAGGCAGCUCCUGGCCACAGUGGACGCCUCCUUCCAGCACCUCCAGGACGGCCGGAGGUCCCUCUGCCAGCAGCAGAAGGCGAUGGGCCGGCUGCUGGCUCAGAGCAAGGCCCAGGUGCAGCAGUGGGGCCAGAAGCAGGAGGCCAUGACCCGGGAGCUGGAGGCGGCCCUGGAGGCGAAGGAUGCGGCCAACCUGGUCCGGGAGUCGGUGCAGUCUGAGGCUGCCUCCAAAAUCCGGACGCUGGAGCAGACCGCGGAGUCCCGGCAACGCUUGUGGGCCCUGCUGCAGGAGGCGAAGGAGCUUAAGGUGGAUCUGUUGGCCGGAUACGGCUGCCACGUGGCCAAAGGAGACGAACUCGCGGCAGCCCUGAAAGCCGACUGGGCUCGGAUGCGGCUGGACUACCAGGAGUACCGCAGCGUCGUCAGCAAGUGCCUCGUGGCCCACCGGAAGAUGGCGGAGGAGGUGGAGGCCGCCCGGACGGAAGGCGCCCAGCACCGAGAGGUGUGCCAGAAGCUGGAGGAGACGACGGUGGAACUGGUGGAAGCACUGGGCCGGGUGAAUGAGCUGGUGGAGAGCAACAUGCGCCUGGAUCGAGAACUCCAGGCCGCUCUGGACAAAGUGGCCUCCUCGGAAGAGCAGCUGGAGCAGCUGCAGGAGGAACAGCUGGCGCUGACCCAGAGGCUGGAGGAGAAGACAGCAGCCAUCCAGAAGCUGCAGGACGAAGCUGCCAGGCUGGCCCAGGAGAAGGAGCGGGCACAGCAGGAACGGGACAGUGUCCAGCGGGAAUUCCGGGAGGCCUCGGAUUGCCGCGAGUUUCUCGAGCAGGAGAACCAGGUCGCCCGCCGUCAGCUGAGCGAGACGGAGGAGGAGCUGAAGGCCAGCCUCACCACUCUGCGGGAACGCGGCAGCCAGCUGGAGGACCUCAAGGAAGCCCACCAGAAGCUCCAGCAGGAGCAGGAGUCGCUGCGCACUGAGCUGGACGGCGCCAGGGCCGAGAUCCAGGAAACCAAAAGGGGCCUGGAGAGGCUUUCCGGGGCCGUGCUGGAGUUGGGGGGUCUCCACGCCCAGUUCCUGGAGGUGACCGAUAUUCUGCAGAUGGUCCGGCCAGACGAGGCAGCCCAAGUGGCCCCCCAGAGCAGCACCUGCACCCCAGCCCGGCCCACCCCCCACCGCCUGAGGGUCUCCUUGGUGGACAGCGUCCUUCGAGCUGCGUCCCAGGGAGCCCAAAAGACCCCCGGCCUCUGGAGCGAGACCACCGCAUUUGUGCGCGCAGCCCCGGCACCCCCUCCCCAGUUCUCAGAGAUUCAAGCCUCUCUGGCCAGCUGCACCCAGGACCUGCACCGGGCUAUGGAGCAGCUGCACCCCCUGGCCAGGCGUUGCCAGGAAGACGUCGAAGAGCUGCGGGCACAGAUUCUACAGCUGAAGCAACAGCUGGAAGCAUCCCAGACGCAGCACCAGGCCGAGAUGGACGCCUGCCACUCAGCCCAGACCAAGCUCAGCAAGGUUCUCCAGCUGAAGAUCCAGAGCGAGAAGGAGCUGCAGGAGCUUUUGCGCCAACAAGAAGAGAAGCAAUGCCGGCAGAGUGACCAGAAGAGGGAAGUGGCGACCCUGCAGGAGGAGGUGGCCCAGCUGAAGCUGGAGCUCCAGAAGUCAAAGACAGAAGCCACCACUCUGUGGGACGAGAUGAGCGGGGCCCAUCGGCCGGACGUCCAGGAGAAGAUCUGGCUGAGGCAGGAGGUCGGGAAGCUGAAGGAGCAGCUGCUGCAGAAGGACACGGAGCGCACCCAGGCCGUGACCAGCCACCUCAUGCAGGUGAGGUGCCUGGAGGAGCGGCUGUGCCAGGCCCAGCAGCUGCUGAGGCGCCAGGAAAAGGUGGAGGCGAACCUGAAGCAGGCCCUCUCCACGUUGCCGGCUCAAGUGUCCAGCCUCGCUGAGGUCCAGCGCCUUCUGGAUCUGUUGGUCUGAAGAGGCCACGGAAGUGAAGAGUUUGU